AUGAGUAGCAGUUCAGUUGUAUAUAGAGUGCCAGAAGUAAUUGGAAAUGAAGAAAGAGAAGUAGAGGAUGAGGAGAUGAAGGCGGGACGAAGAGAGGCGAGUGUAAUGAGGUACAAAGAGAAGAGACAGAACAGACUCUUCUCUAAAACUAUCCGAUAUCAAGUUCGCAAGCUCAACGCUGAAAAACGCCCUCGCGUUAAGUUGAGAAAAGAAUUGUUGCCAAGAGUGUACUAUCAAAUCAUGAGUGAUGAUUGGGCAGGAAGUCUAAAAGACAAUGCUACUAUUGAGUGUGAUGAUCACGGUGCUGAGUUCUUCGAAGUUGAAAUCAACUCUUCCAUGGACGAAGUUAUUCAUAACCCUGAUUUGACAUUCCCUCAAGGUUUAUCUUGGGGGUAUUUGUCGUCAUCGACAUCUGGUGCCUUAAUUGUUGUACAAUUAAGCCAUUUUGAGUGUGGAGGAAUCGCGCUUAGUCUUUGCAUGUCCCACAAGGUGGGAGAUGCGUGCAGCGCUUACUACUUCUUGAGGGAUUGGGCUAGGUUAACUCGAGAUCCAAAAUUAACAUUAUCUCCUCCAUACUUUGUUCAGGAUUCACUAAUGCCAUCAGUACCAUUUGAUGUUCCUCUGUUUUCCCCUGUUAUUGAGCCAAAAAAGGAAAGAUGUAUUCAAAAGAGGUUUGUAUUCUCUGAAUCCAAGAUAAACGCGCUUAAAGCCUUGGUUGUUGCAGAAUCCUGCGUGCAAAACCCAACGAGGAACGAGGUCGUGAGCGCCCUUCUCUACAAAUGCGCCGCUUCUUCUUCUACUACCAAUUUAGGACGAUCUCAGUUAGUCCAAACCUCAAACUUGCGAAGUCAAGCACCACUACCACCAACCAGCAUAGGAAAUAUUGCCACUAUAUUUUCCACACCAAUAUACGAAAACUACGAACAUGACCUCAAACUGACAAAAUUAGUAACCGACAUAAGAAAGUCCAAACAUGACCUGUCCACCAAAAACAAUCUACAAGAAAAUGAAUAUAUCAGAGUGAUGUUGGAGGCAUAUAGAACAGGGAAAUUGCCAUUCCAUCAAAGGAAUUGUGAUGUUUAUACUAUUACUAGUAUAUUAGCAUUCGAAUUCGAAAAAAUAGAUAUUGGAUUUGGGAAACCUACUAGAGCAAGCCAAGAAAGUGGUUCAUUUAGCAACUUGUUUAUCUUAAUGAAUACACCUGAUGAUCAUGAUAGAGGAGUUGAAGCCUUUGUAAAUUUGAAUGAACAGCACAUGUCUGUUUUCAAGAAUGACAAUGACCUCCUCCAAUUUGUUACUCCAUUUUAA